UCCGAAACAAUUCUGCCGAAUGUCCCGCUUCAUCAACCACUUCUAAGAUGCAUUAUAAGGAAAUGGAGAUGGCAUUAGUAACCGCUGCAGAUUCGGCCAUAGCGCAAUAUCCCGAAAUAAACAAGAACACCGCUUAUGCACAACGUCCUUCACCGAACCGGAAAUCAAAGGGACCUGGCCUUCGGUUAUCUUGGCCCUACGCUAGUGAUGGUAGACGCUCCGUGGUUGGCAAGUCGCCGCCUGUUGUACAGCCGCACAAAAAUGGCUCGCGUCGGGCUUCUGACAUGCGUAUUGUCCAUGUGUCAUACGAAAAUGUCGAAAUGCAUUAUCACUUUUCAGAUUUAGGGCCGACCGAAUCCGCAAGGCCGAUUUUACACAUUCCGCUGGCGUGGAAUCCGUCAGAUUUAGAAGUCGGCGAAAAAAACUUGUUCCAGUACUUCCAAUGUACUGCCGCCCAGUCCCUUGCCACCUUUGGCUAUAAUCCUGGGGAUCUUAGUGGUGUUCUUAUCCGGGUUGCUCUAGCUGGUCACACAACCUCUGCGACGGCAGUGCUCCAGUCACUUCUAGCCUUCUCAUCGAUACAUCGCCACGAUGUUCACUCACAGGCAGUGGAGCUUAAGAUAUCUGCGCUCAAAGCCUUGGCAGCUGCGGCGGGCAAUCCCGUCGGUACUGUAGAAGCAGUCCAGCACGUUGCAGCAGGGAUGCUGUUGUGCUCUUUCGAAAUCCACCAAUCAUCAUGUACAUCGAGUCAAUGGACAUGGUAUCUCUCCGGCGUCAAAGACGUUAUCAAGGCAGCUGGCCUCGGUCGAUCACCUCAAGAUAACGAUUUAGCCAUCCUAUUAGACUGGGUGUACUACCAUGACGUGUUAGCACGUUUUACUUUGAGGCAUUGGCACAAAGAAAGCAAUGCAGUUACAUCGGCUGUAUCAAAUGCCCGCGCAGAAGUUUCCCAUGCAGCGCCUUCUGCUUUUUCGGUUAUACAGCUACUGUCGGAUGUCUGCGAUGCGGUAUCCGCGAGAUCAGUGGCCGGUCAGCCUUUUGAAAACAUAGAUGAUCACAAAAGCUUUCUGAAGAUACUCGAUUGGAGGAUUAGGAGCAUUCCCCUGGAAGCCAUUGUCUGCGAUAGUACUGACGCGUCAUUGAUGAUAGAGUUGUACCAACUAGCUAUGCUGGUGUACCUCAACCGAGCGUCUGAAAACUUGCUCAGUCAGACAACUAAGACGCAGCAUCAGAUUGACAAGGCUUUCAGUAUAUUCUCCCAGCUGGACUCCUGUGACCGGCAAUUUCCCAUCUUCAUUUUAGGAUGCGAAGCGCGUGGGGAUGAUCAGCGAGCGAUAAUUCUUGAUCUGAUCACCAAAACUGAGAAGAAGGCUUCCUCUCGGUCAUUCAACUAUGUCAAGAUAUUAUUGCAAGCCAUUUGGGCACAAGAUGAUCUUGCUAAUGGGCAUAUCAACUAUUGCGACAAGCUAAAUUAUGUAAUUAGUUGUUGUGCAAUUGUACCAUCCUUCGUUUAGCUUUAGCAGUGAAUAAGAUGAAUUGGACACCAAA